AGUAAACAAAGAAUUCUCUUUCGCUGCGAUUUUAUAAUAAUUCCACUCUUGACCAGCUUGAAGAUUCUCUGCUCACUUUCGACAUUUUAAAUUGCCACCAUGCGAUGGACCUUUCAACUCCAGAGGAAAUUUCUUCCCUCGUGGUUUAUGGAAAUCAAUCCCAGUUAGUGCCUUCUCAUGGGUCUAGAAUUGAAGAUGCAACGGUGAAGCUUCUCUUUGCUUUCUUGCCAGGAAAAGUAAAACAAAGAACUCUCUUUCGCUGCAAUUUUAUAAUAAUUCCACUCUUGACCAGCUGGAAGAUUCUCUGCUCACUUUUCACCAUUUUAAAUUGUCACCAUACGAUGGACCUUUCAACUCCAGAGGAAAUUUCUUCCCUCGUUGUUUACGGAAAUCAAUCCCAGUUAGUGCCUUCUCAUGGGUCUAGAAUUGCUGUUUCGACCCAAGAAGAUGGCAAGAGAUUCGAAUCUUGUCACCUUUUUACUGUUCGUAGCAUCGAUUUUGUUUUUUGUCACACCCAUUUAUGGAGACAAUCUUCUGGAUUUGCUUUGUCGACAUGAAAAUGGCAAUUACACUUUUGGCAGUCCAUUCAGGAAUAACCUCGAACAGCUUCUGGGCAAUUUGGCUUCUAACACCGCAAAGAAAGGCUUCCUCAGCAGUUCUGCUGGGGAUGGCACUGAUGAAGUUGUAUUUGGUCAAGCACUUUGCAGGCGUGAUGUGAAUAGGAGUGCUUGUGGGGAUUGCGUCAGGAUUGCAAGCCAAGAGAUCAUGAAUAAGUGCAAUUACAAAGAUGCUGAUAUUUGGUAUGAAUAUUGCCAGGUAUCUUAUUCUUAUAGUAAUUUCUUUUCCGCGAUGACUUACCAGGGACAGUACCCAGAUAGUAAUAAUCAGAAGCAGAACGUAUCUAAUCCGAAAGAGCUGAGCAGUGCCCUGAUAAAGUUGAUGGAUGGUCUUAUAAGUGAGGCCACAUGGGCUUCGUCCAUGUUUGCGGUGGACAGUUCAAAUUUCUCGAGCCAGGGACAUGUUUAUGGCCUCGUGCAGUGUACAAGAGGAAUCUCUGGCAGUGAUUGUAAUAACUGUUUGCGGUCAGCUUGGGGGGAUCUGAGAAUGUGUUGCUCUCCUCAUCAAGGUGGAACCGUUGUCAGCAGAUAUUGCAACGUGAGGUUCGAGCUUUACCGUUUCUAUAAUCAGCAUUCUAAAGGCUUGGGGAAGGAAAAAAUAAUUUUGUUGGUCAUAUGUAUUAUGGCUGGGGCAUUGCUAGCUUCCCUUGGGAUUUGUGUUGCCCGUCGAAGACGAAAAAGGAGAAUGACCAGAGAUGAAGAGAGAGACGAAAAUGUAUUGCUCCAAGAAUUGCCGAGGCCCAUUGAACUAUCCAUUUCAAGAGGCGAUCUAGAAUAUUCUGAUGAUAUGUUUGUUAUGGAUUUGGUAACUCUGAGGGCUGCCACAGCUAACUUUAGCCUUACAAACAAGCUCGGACAAGGCGGGUUCGGCAUUGUUUACAAGGGAAUUCUACCAGAUGGAAACGAAAUAGCAGUCAAGAGGCUAUCGAUGAAGUCAUGGCAGGGCGUAGAAGAGUUUAAAAACGAAAUCACGCUCAUUGCAAAACUCAAACACAAAAAUCUGGUGAGGCUUUUGGGUUGGGGCAUAGAUGGACAUGAGAAGCUACUCAUAUAUGAAUACAUGGCCAACAAAAGCCUCGAUGUCUUCCUCUCUGACCCAAUGAAGAGUUCGCAGCUCGAUUGGGGAGCACGCUACAGCAUAAUUAAUGGGAUUGCCAGAGGACUGCUUUAUCUUCAUGAGGAUUCCGUGCCGAAGAUCAUCCAUAGAGAUCUAAAGCUGAGCAACGUGUUGCUGGACAUCGACAUGGUUGCGAAGAUAUCGGAUUUCGGUAUGGCGAGGAUUUUCUCAGAGAAGCAGAAUGUAGCAAACACCAGAAGAGUUGUCGGGACUUUCAGCGGUUACAUGGCCCCAGAAUAUGCGAUGGAGGGACAAUUCUCUGCAAAGUCUGAUGUGUUCAGCUUUGGAGUCAUCCUGCUCGAAAUCAUCAGUAGGAAGAAAAAUAGUGGUUUCCACCUCACCAAGCGCGCAUCAUCGCUGCUGAAAUAUGCAUGGAUUUUGUGGAACGAAGGGAGAGAGCUUGAAUUCGUGGACCCUUUCCUACUGAAAUCGUUUCCACCGGCUGAUGUGCGUAGAACCAUUCAAAUAGGGCUUUUAUGUGUGCAAGAAGAUCCAGCAGACCGGCCUCUCAUGACGGAUGUGGUGGUUCUUCUUGAAAGUGGACCUGCUGUCCUCUUGCAGCCGAAACAACCUGCAUUUUCAGUUGGGCGAAACAUCCCCCUGGAUUGCCUUUCGAUGCCAGAAAGUUCUCGUAUCAACGAUAUUACUGCUUCUACAAUGUUGCCACGGUGAACGGUGGCUAUCGACACCCAAACAUUUGACAUUGCCACGAUUCUCAUGCACAAUGGGAACUAGGUAUAACAAGUACUGCUAAUUCAUGCAGAAAUUGAAAUUCAUGAUCUGUCUUAGCUGUCUGAUUAUAGGUAAAUACUAAGUAGAGAAUUCAUAGGUUUUUAUGGCAACCAUGUAAAUGACAACUCCAAACUUUGUGAAUUUUCUGUACAUGGACAUUAACAUCUUGUUCAUUUAA